AUGGAGCCUCUGCAAGGCUGGGGGCCCCCACCCUGGAGCCUGGCGCCCAAGGCUGCUGCCCUGAGACUGGCCCUACUGUGUCUCCGUCUGGGAGCCCUCCUCAGCGAGGACAGGCCCCCCUGCAGGGACGGGGAGUACCCGGUGGGGGCCAAGUGCUGUCCCAGGUGCAGCCCAGGACACCGGGUGAAGGAGGCCUGUGGGGAGACCACGGGGACAGUGUGUGCACCCUGCUCCCCGGGGACCUACACAGCCCAACUCAAUGGCCUGGACGAGUGUCUGCCGUGCCACCUCUGUGACCCAGACAUCGGCCUGGUGACCAGGAGGAAGUGCUCCAGCACCGGGAACACUGUGUGCGGCUGCGACCGAGGCCACUUCUGUGUCCUAGUGGACGGGGACGACUGUGCUGAGUGCAGGCCCCACAGUGACUGCAGACCAGGCCAGAGGGUGCAGGUGACAGGCACCGAGAGGCAGGACACGCUGUGUGAAGACUGCCCGCCUGGAACCUUCUCUGCAGGUGGGACCCAGGCGGUGUGUGAGCCCUGGAGCAAGUGCAGCGGACUCUUGGAGAUGGAAGCCAAGCCUGGGACCAAUAGCACAGAUGUGACCUGCUCCUCCUCGUUCAAUGUUGUCAUCCUGUGUGUCUGCACUGUCAUCCUCGUCACUGUGUCACUGGGAUACUUAAUCAUCAGAAUCAGAAGGUCACGUGGAGAAACCACCCAGAGGACACACAGGGAUCAGGUACUGAUGCUUGUCCCACCCUGGCAGUGAUGCUGCUGGGCUGGGUGGGGUCCCAGUUCCCUGUGGGUGCUGGGUCCUUAGGGUGCAGUGAGCUCACUCGGGACGGGAGGCCACUGCUC